GCUGAUUGAACAACAACAUCUAGAAGCUCCGGUCAAAGAUGGCCUACCCCAAAUCCCACAACCCAUUUGCCGAUGAUGACGAGGAGGAGGAGUGUGGGUCAAACAUUAGGGGGUAUAAUGAUGACCCCUUGGAGAGAGGGAUGAGUGAGGCUGAGAGAAGACAGAGAUACCUCCAGCAGGAAGUGAUGCGGAAAGCCCAGUCUGCUGUAGACAGCAGCCACCGUUCCCUUUCCUACAUCUAUGAAUCAGAGAAGAUUGGUGUUGAAACUGCAGAGGAGUUGAUGCGUCAGGGGGAGGCUCUAAAGAGGACAGAAAAAAUGGUGGACAAUAUGGAACAAGACUUGAAGACCAGCCAGAGGCAUAUCAAUAGUAUCAAGAGUGUGUGGGGAGGCCUUGUCAACUACUUCAAGGCCAAGCCAGAGACCAAGCCACCACCAGAGCAGCCUAGUGCCUACCAGUCCAGCAACAAAUUGCAGAAUGCUCUGACAAACAGUAGAGAACAUGAAGAUAAGUACCAAGCCAGCCACCCCAACCUUAGGAAGUUGGAAACAGGAGGAUUUGGAGCUGGUGCAUCCAUCGACGACAACCCAUCCAAACACAAUGGCCAGCCACAACACAAACAGCUUAGGGCAACUCAUCAGGUCCUGGAUGACAACUUAGCUGAGUUCUCCUCUCUGACCUGUUCAGAUGAGAUGUGUGUGGGCCUGGGUAGACUAAAGAACCUGGGACUGGGUCUCCAGUCCGAGAUCGACAAUCAGGACGCCUCCCUAGAUUCUCUAUUGAACAAAGUUGACAAGAUGGACCUCAAGAUCCACAACACCGACCAGCAGAUAAAAAAUCUCAAAUAAGAUGAUGACUCUACAAACGCUUAGACUCGCUCAACGAGGCAGGUGAAGGAAAGUAACACUGGUCAGCUUGUCCUCACGUGGUGUGUCAAGCUGUCCUCUUGUGGAAUUAACUGCAGAUUCCUCUUUUGUACAUAAACAUGUGAUUCUGACAGACAGGUAAAAACGUUUUUUGUUCGGUUAUUUUCUUGGCGUGUGCCCCGGUGAUUAUUUCCCUGCUUUUAUUUGUUCUGCUUGUCUUAUGAACUCAACAUUUUCUAAAUUCCAAUGCCUUUAUCAACAAGUUUUGUACUGCUGCUUUUGAUAUACUGAAUUAUGCCACACCCUCACUUUCACACAUGUUCUUGAGAUGUCCAGCAUCGUCAUGAUGGUCAUUUUGUUAUCUUGUAUGCUUUUGAAGGGAAAGGUCUACACUGUCUGUGUGUGUAUGUGCAAUGGAUUUAAGGGAUCAUUCCUAUGAAGUUUGAAUCUGAGUCUACACUCUAUUCAGCCGGAUUCAGUUCUGUUUCAGUGCAGUUGGUUCAGUCCGCUUUGGUAUUACCAAAGUAUUGUUUAUGUGUAAGCUUUUGUUCAUUAACUCCAUCAAAACUGCAAAUUGAAUGGCCCGUCUGUUUGCUCAUGGUCUAAGCAUCACAGAGGAAUUCAUGGGGGACAUGCAGAAUGACUGGAUGAAUGACGAAAUGGCAAAAGAAAUCUAUGCUCUUAGCUGGAACAUGGUCGUGAUUGUACAAGUUUCUGUAUGCGUUAGUGUCUUGGCUAACUCAGAGUCCUGGAACCACUUCGAUGUGCGUAUGAACCCACACUCACUGAAUCUGUUGUGUUAUGAAAUGUUACACCCCCGCGUGCUGGCCCUUCAGGAUGAAGCUCUUCUCACUUGUGCCUUGCUUAGCACUUAGCAUGUAGCAUGGAAGCUACCUUUUAGCUCCGCUGCAAACGUCACUCUACCCCCCAAGGACUCGUCAUUAUUCUUCGUUAUGAUUUUUUGUGUGUCGUUCUUUUGAAUUUUCUUUUUGACACAUCUUUCUACACUAUAUUCAUGAAUUUCUGCAUUCUUUCUCUUGCUUUUUGAAUAUCGCCUGUCUCGACAAAUAUCCUUUUGAUUCAUGUGUGACGUGAAUGAAGGGAUGUUUGCAAGAAAACAAUGUGAAUGUGCUCUCUGAAUAUAACAAACAAAUAUAACAAACCAUACUGGGAACAUCUUAAUCACAUAUCCAUCCACGGGGGUGCAAGACCUGAAUAGCUGAACCACUGUCGGGUCUUGUGUACUUUAAUUGGAAUACAAGCCUUUCCCGGAGAAAUAAAGGAAGAUUAUGAUCUG